AUCCCAAUAAUAUUCCAUCUUCAACGUUAUUUUCUAUUUUUUGGAUUAAUUUUCGCAUAUAUAGUCUCAUUCAAGGAAAUGCCAAAUGCUUUUUACAUUGAGGACGAUCGCAAAAUGAAACCUAGGUAGGCUGUAAAAGGGAAGUGUAUGCUAUUUCUUAUCGAUAUUAGUGAUAAUAUUCAAGUGUUAUUAAGGGCUGAGAACUUUGUAAUUUUGAGAUCUACGCAAGUUAACCAACUUUACGUCUUACGUGGAAAUAGAUAUGCCAAAAGAAUCAAAAAUCCAUGUUCAUAUGCUUUCUUGGCCUUCUUGGCAUCACACGACAAAGUUAAUCACUCUUCUUAUCUCCUUAUAUUUUUUCCAGCAAGAUAUAAAGCGUGUAGGAGUAUGUGGAAGUUUCAGCCAACUUUCCCGCAAAAAUCAUUCCCAUAAAAAUAACGAAAAAACAAGAGGAAACGAAAAAAUGGUCACAAAUGAAGAUAUAAGUCUCAAUUGCAUUAAUCUUGGCAAUGAUUUCGAAGAUAUUUUCAUGUUAGAGAUCCCUGAAGACAAGAUGGUCAACCUCCUCAAAUCAAUGAUCAAAAAGUAGUGGCCAAACCGAUAUAUCGAUCCAAGUAAAUUUAUUCUUUACAAAGUAGCUGGUGUGAAUGUUGCUUUGUCUUUUCCCGAAGUCUUUAAAAAAGAGAAGGAGGGUAAUAAGUGGAGAUAAUGAAAGAUAUUCAGAAUGAUCAAGACUGCGGCUAUUCGUAUCAAAGAACAAUUUCAGUUAAUCGUUGUCACUACGGCCCGGUUGAUUUCGCAAUAGACUUACUCCAAUCCGCAAAAACCGUUGGUGUGACAUAAGUAAAGGACGAAGACUUAUAAGGGCAUUGCUCAGAAUGCCGUCCAACUUGAUCAGCUUUAUCAAUCCGUAAGUGUAAAGCAAGUGAGAUGGAAGAAAGAAAUGUUUUUACGGGGAAGACUUUUGGGAUCGUCACAGUUGCGGAAAAGUGGUAUUUUAUGGAAUGUUCGUAUAACGAGGGGAAGUUGUCGUUUAAGCUGUGACCGUUGUGUACAAAGAUGAGAAUU